GGCGUGCGUGCACCGAACUCACUCCCUGACUGGGCGAAUGACACAGAGAGUAAUGAUCGUUUGCUAUGAUUGGACGUACCACGGUCAUGUGUGUAUGAGGACGCCAGGGGGGCGGUGUGAGUAGCUGUAGGGCCGAAAGAAGGGAACUCGCGCGCCUUCCUGCGUCUCUGUCUUUUCUUGUUCACAACCGCCUAGAGCAGCAGAGGUUAGGCCACGUGCUGAAUAGCGCCAUUAAUUAAGAAAAGAUCUGAAUCAAAAUCCAAGUUUUUCGACCGUUAGGAUGGUGAAGCUUGCCAAGGCAAACAAAAAACAACUCAAUCCUAAGAAGGCAGCCCCGCCGCCUCCGAAAGAAGUCGAGUCAAGUGAGGAUGAGGAUAUAAGCGAAGAGGAGGAAGAAGAGGAGGAAAUGGUACCACAGCCGAAAGUUAAGGGAAACAAGUUAACACCUGCUAAGGCAAGUAAAGCAGCUAAAAAUGGAAAACUAGCAAAAAAGCAAGUUGAGGAGGAGGAGGAGGUGGAAGAUGAUGAUGACGAAAAUGAGGAUAGUGAGGCAUCAGAUUCUGAAGAUGAAGAGUCUGCACCUAACCCUAAAAAGGGCAAGGCAAUACCUGUACAUGUGAAAGCUAUGUCUUCCAAGAAGGCUACCCCAGCAAAAAAAGCAGAGUCUUCAGAGGAAGAUGAGGAUGAUGAUGAUGAAGAAGCAACUGUUUCACCCCCAAAGAAAGCAACUCCAGCUAAGCAAGGCGCAGCAGUUACUAUGACCAAGAAGACCCCUGCACCCAAGGCAGGUAUGAAAGUUACACCAGCUAAGUCAAAUGUGGCAGCAGCAAAAGAUGAGGAAUCUGAAGAAGAGGAGGAUGAAGAUGACAGCGAAGAAGAUUCAGAGGAAGAGGAAGCCAUGGAUAUAACACCAGCUGUUGCAGUUCAGGGAAAGAAAGCUGCCAAAGCUAAGCCUAAGGACGACUCCGAGGAAGAGGAAGAUGAUGAUGACGACGACGAUGAUGAGGAGGAGGAGGAAGAUGAGGAUGAGGAAGAAGCCCCCCAAAAAGCAGGGAAAAGAAAGAAACCAGAACCUGCAAAAGCUGCAACACCACCAGCCAAAAAGAUCAAGUCUGAAGGUGAAAGCUUUGCCCUUUUUGUUGGAAAUUUAAAUACAGCAAAAACUUUUGAAGAAAAUAAAGAUGCCCUGCGAAGCUUCUUUACCAAGAAGGGUUUAGAGGUCCAGGAUAUUCGAAUUGGUUAUAAUAGGAAAUUUGGCUAUGUGGAUUUUGCAUCUGAAGAACAGCUUUUGAAGGCUUUGGAGUUUAAUGGGAAGAAGGUCCUUGGUCAGGAAAUAAGGCUGGAUAAAGCAAAAAGCAAAGAUGACCCUUCAGGUAGGAAAGAAAGAGAUUCCCGCACCUUAUUUGUGAAGAACCUUCCUUUCUCCUCAUCUUCAGAUGAUUUGAAAGAGUUGUUCCCAAAUGCCGUUGAUGUCAGGAUGCCUUAUGCACGAGAUGGGUCCAGUCGAGGGAUUGCUUACAUAGAGUUCAAGACUGAGGCUGAAACACAGAAAAUGAUGAAGGAAAAACAGGGCACAGAGAUUGAAGGCCGAGCAAUCAUGUUGGAUUUUAUUGGAGCAAAGAGUAACAAAACUGGAGGUGCAAAGACUCUAAUUGUCAAUAAUCUAGCAUAUUCAGCUACUGAAGACAGCCUACAAAACAAAUUUGAAAAAGCAGUGUCAUGCAGAAUACCCCAGAACAAUGGGCGAUCCAGAGGGUUUGCAUUUGUGGAAUUUGAAAGUGCAGAAGAUGCAAAGGAAGCUCUGGAUAACUUUAACAACACUGAGAUUGAGGGCCGGACAGUCAGAUUGGAAUUUUCCCAGGGAAAUCAGAAAUCGGAAGGAGGUAGAGGAGCAGGUGGACCUACAAAAACAUUGUUUGUACGAGGUCUGUCUGAAGAUACAACUGACCAGACAUUGAAAGAUUCUUUUGAUGGAGCUGUAGCUGCCCGAGUAGCCACAGAUAAGGAUACAGGAUCAUCCAAAGGGUUUGGCUUUGUUGACUUUGAUACGGAGGAAGAAUGCAAGGCUGCCAAGGAAUCCAUGGAAGACUGUGAAAUAGAUGGCAGUAAAGUGACCCUUGACUUUGCCAAGCCUAAGGGAGAUGGCCAGCGUGGAGGCCGAGGUGGGGGACGAGGAGGACGGGGAGGUUUUGGUCGUGGUGGUUUCAGAGGUAGAGGUGGCAGCAGAGGUGGUUUUGGAGGCAGAGGUGGUGGAUUUGGAGGCCGGCCACAAGGAAAGAAAAUUAAGUUUGAUGAUUAAAUUUUUAUUUUUUUUUUUUUAUUUGUUUUCGUUUCCCAAAUGGACUCUGGUUUUGGUCAUCUUUCACAUGCUCUGACAGAGCCUCUUUUUUGGGACAUUCCAGAAAUAAAACAUAUUAAAUUUUGGGGCUUCUACAUGAUCUGUCAAGCCCUUUAGAUGAAGAUCUCUGUGGACUCGGAGGUGUUUCUAGACCACCCAUAUUUGUUCCUUCCUGGUUGUCAAGCUUUUUCAAAAGAUGUAAAAUGGAAUGCAGCAGUGACUGACUCAGAUACAUUGUUUGGUUAGGUCCAUGUUUUACGUGAAAUGAGAUUGUAGAAUUUCAUUUUACCUUUUGUAAAAAGUAACAGUUUCCUUUGUAUACUUUUUUUUUUAAGUUUGUUGUAAAUGCAAAAUGUUUUACAAAUUGAUAAUGUGCAAAAUGUAUUGUUAACCGAUUAAAAGGAUCGAAAUGUA